UAGUUUGCUAAAGGAAAGCCCCAGUCAAUGGCUCUUAUGUGGGUAGAUCAUGGGAGUGUUGGGGUAUAAACAGGGGCAUCAGACAUGGCCCAAAACAUUGCUAGGAUUAAGCCAAAGUAAAGAUGGUUUUAUAAAGCAUGCGUGUGCUGCAGUACUUUGUUAUAUGUGAUAAGAGAUAGGCCAGAGGUGCUAUUAAGAUGCACAUUUAAAAAAAAUACUAUGGCCCCAUUCUACGUGACCCAGGGUGGGCCCUAUUUGUCAGCAGACUCUGUACUAAAUAAUCAUGCUUUUUCAUGGACAUUGGAUUUGUGAAGUUAGGUGCAAUAAGAGUGAUAGACAUAAGCAUUAGUUAUGUGCACCCGACGCAAACCCCCUCCCUCCACCCACCUGAGCCCGACUUCCAGGUUCCUUUUAUAGACCAGCACCAACCUGCCCUGCCGAUGAUGUCAGAAAAGGGGAGGGGCGAACAGGUGCGCGGCUAUAAAACCAGAAGCCAGCAGUGUAAGGUGGCGGGUGGGGACCGCUUGACCCGGACCCGCCCGCCACCCGCAAAUGGGGGUGCGAGGUCGACCCGACCCACCAGCAGGUAAACCAGUAUUGGGCCGGCCGCACAUCGCUAAUAAGCAUUGAAAUGAUCAGACAUCCUGCAAGAAGAAGGAAAUCUGUAUCUAGAUAAGUUUAAGAGAAAAAUACUCUUUAUACAUGUUUAUGUACAUGAUUUUUUUUUAUUGUAUAAUUGUAUAAUAAGCUUUAUAUCCUUAUUUAAUCUGAUUGCUUCUGGAUCUUUUGUUCAUUUUGAUAAAAAUGUAUAUAUCCCUAACGGUUACCACUAGCUUCCAUUGCAUGCAAAAAUACAUGUUAUUCUAGCACAUCAGCAAAGCAGCCCAUCCCCCAUGCAUACAGUGUGAGAUAGAUUAAUUUACAAAGUGAGAUGUCUUCACCCUGUCUCCGAUAUAUUCUACCACCCCCAUCUUAUCUUUGCACCAUUUAUUUCCGAUAUAAAAACACAAAAUUCCUUCUAAUAUCCAAAAUGCGGGCACUACAAGAGGAGAUAAGGAUCGAGGUAGGAGAGAAAGGAUAAUUAUUUCAGGGAAGUAAGCAAAUGCAGGGUCAGAUGAGGUGAGAUAAAGCAGGGUGGAAAAUGCUGCAGAUUGUAGGGAGCUUCAAUGCAGUGCUACAGCAGGCAGCCACGUUUUAGCAUGUCAAGAAACUGAUGUGUUCUAAAGGCCAGUAUAACAUUGCUUAUUCCAUGCAAUUUUUAAUAGAUUAAUGUAGUAACGAAUGUUUUUUUGUCUGCCAUCCCGGUAUGCCUGAAACAUUUAUAUAGAGAUAGCUUAUUAUCUGUGUUUUGUUGAGAGAAUGCUUCAUAGAUAUUUUCUACAGGGAGACAUCUUAUUAGUCUUGCUUCUAGAGGAAACCUGCAGAAAAUGAGAGAGAGAGGAGCCGUAGAUAAACAGCAAAUCAAGAAGGAGAACUGCUAGUGUUACCCUAGAAAACUGGCAAAUGGAAAAAUUGUAGCUGGCUCUUACAGAAACUAUUAACAUGGAAAGAGGAAGAGGACAGAGGGAAGGUGCUGGUGUGAGCCGUAAUAGUUAUCCACAGCAGUACAGCUAUCCUUCAUCACAGAAUUUAGAAAUACAAGAGCUUGCAUCUAAAAGAGUAGAUAUUCAGAAGAAGAGGUUUUACCUGGAUGUAAAGCAGAGUGCAAGAGGACGUUUCUUAAAGAUAGCAGAAGUAUGGAUUGGCAGAGGAAGGCAAGACAACAUUAGGAAAAGCAAGCUGACUUUGUCUUUGUCUGUAGCUGCUGAAUUGAAGGACUGUUUAGGUGACUUUAUUGAGCACUAUGCUCAUCUGGGACUGCGUAGCAGUCAUGCACAGAGGAGUGAACAUGGAAGUGAAAAAGAACAUGAACCUAGAAGGAGGCCACACCCAUCUUCCCCUUCUGGAUCUAUAGGAUCAGAAGAACCCAUGACACACAGUGUUCUAAAAACUGAAUAUAUUGAAAGGGAUAACAGAAAAUAUUACCUUGAUCUUAAAGAGAACCAGCGAGGUCGUUUUUUACGUAUUAGGCAAACAAUGACAAGAGGUCCUGGAAUGAUUGGUUAUUUUGGUCAGAGCUUAGGCCAGGAGCAAACUAUAGUUUUGCCAGCACAAGGGAUGAUUGAAUUUAGAGAUGCAUUGGUCCAGCUUAUCGAAGACUAUGGAGAAGGAGACAUAGAGGAAAGAAGAGGCGGGAGUGAAGAACCUCCUGAGCUUCCAGAAGGAACUUCUUUCAGGGUAGACAACAAGAGGUUUUACUUUGAUGUGGGCUCCAACAGAUAUGGCAUUUUCUUGAGAGUAAGUGAAGUUAGACCGCCUUAUCGCAACACAAUUACUGUCCCUUAUAAAGUGUGGACUAGAUUUGGGGAUAAUUUUGUUAAGUACGAAGAAGAGAUGAAGAAAAUUUACAACAGCCAUAAAGAAAAGAGGAUGGAUGCACAUGUGGACAGCAGCGAAGAGCAAGAAUGUCCCGAAUAAAAUAUUUGUAAAAUUACUGUCUGGAACAUUUUACAUGUCUUUUAUUUGGAGACAAAUUCUGUAGGCUUUCAAUAGGAUUUUCCUUUUUUUUUGUUCGUUUUUUUGUUAUUUUUAGCUGUGUGUCAUUCAAGAGUCUGGUAUGUGUAAACUACAACAAAAAACAUACGUGAGUAUACCAGCCUCCUUAAAGCUACUUCAAUAGAUUAAGACUAUAGGAUGUUUUUGAUCAGCACAAAAAUUUCAACACUUAAAUACCUUAGGUAAGGCUUGAAUUGCACUAUCAAAUCUAAUUCCUUUAUAUCUAUAUUUCUACCUGUAUAGAUAUAUUCUACAUAUACAGAAAUAAGUAUCUCCAAUGACUUUUGCUGUAUUUGGUUUGAAGAGAAAAGCUUUGCCAAGCUUAUUAUAUACUGGGCAUUUAAUACUGUGAAUGUAUAGGAAAUGCAUUUACAAUUUUUAAAAGAUGAAAUAUAUAAGUUUAAGUAGCUGCUGGAUACUGUAUCAAACUGUCAUUGUGACAGUAUAGGAAGCUGGACAGUGGGUGUUUUAGUGCUCGGUUGUUUAUGAUGUUUUUAGCCAAGGAAUAUAUAUAAAUCUCAUAACGAAAUAAGCUAUUUAAAUGUAUAACAGGUGCACAGUUGAGAAAAAUGGGAGGAAAAAAAAGAGCCUUUACCUUUUUUAAAAUCCCACAGUGUUGCCUUCAGAUCUAUUAAUAUUGCAGAGGUAAAAUAAGGUAAGACAAAUUACAUUUUCUUUGCUAAUGGCUCAUGAACGAAAAUGUUCUCCGUUUUCACAACUGUUAUCUACAUAUUGGUGCACCUACAUGUAGGUCUGUUCUAAACUGACAAAUUAUUUAAACUGUCAGAAUAUCUAUUUGUGUUGGGUUAUAAUAAAAAAUGGCAGAAUUAGGAUUAGAUGUUAUUUAAUAGCGGUGUGGUGCAGCAUCCCAUAGCAAAAAGAGUGGAUGGGUAAAGAUAUUGGAUCCACAAGAGAGAGGGUACUCAUUAGAGUAGUGGACAACAAAAUCAUAUUAAAUCUGCCCUUACCAAUGUAUUUUUUGCACAAUGGUUGCUGAAUUUGGUGUAGAAGCACUGAAAAGUUUUAUUUUGUUAAAAGAAAAAAAUAUAUAUAUAUAAAUAUAGAUAUAUAUGCCAUUAGUGUUAAUUUGAUUAGUUAAAUGAACAAAUAUAUAUAUAAAUAUAAGUAUAUCAUAAUUGUGCAUGUAAGGAAUACCCAGAAAGUUACUUUUAGUGCAGUUAAAAAGUCAGGUACACAGUUUGUAUCACUGAAUGCAAUUGCUGCUAAUCUCAGUGCCUGUAGUAAUGGGGGGAUAUAAUCACACAGUGUAUUUGGUGUAUGAAUGUAACUGCUACUAUCAUUUAUUAUCAGUUUAUAUCAAUAAGGACAAUCUGUGACCAAGAGCUGGAAUUAUUAAUGGACCAAUAAUGCCAGCACUUGAAAUUCCUUAAAAGCAUUUACAGUUGGGACAGGUUUACUAAGAUUCCUGAAAUUAAAAAAUUUAAUUUUUUCCUUUUUUGUCAGGGAAAACUCAGUUUACUGAUUUUUUUUUACUAUUAUUGAUUUAAAAUUUCUCUUGUGCAAAACCAAAAUAUUUUUCUGCCCAGGGAAAGUUUUACAGCCAGGAUCAGAAUUUUUACCCAACAAUUGUUUUGGUGACUUUCCAUUAAUUAAUAUUGUGAUAGAAUUUUGGCAGGCGUGCUGUAAUUUGAAUCAUAAGGUAAAAAAUAAGUAGUGUAAAGACAUACAAAAUUUGUUAAAAGGUACUGUUGAAAAAUUUGAACAAUAUUCACACUUCCAAAAACUUGUUUGUUCCAAUUGUUUAAGUGAAAAUUUAAUUUUUAGUAAAUCUGCCCUAGUGUGCAAUUUUGAAAAGCAUGUUAUUUCCAGUAAGCAUGAUAUUUGUAUACCACUGCAUACAUUGUAUUCAGUACCUGUAAUUGUUCUGUUUGGGUUUUUGGCAAAUCAAGGCUUGUUGAAUGCAAUAGACUGAGUGGGGCUUUGUGUAGACAAAUGUAUGGCUAGACACAUCAGAACCAAUAGUAAACUAGCUGCAAUAAAAACAUUUUUGGUGUUACUGGUCCUUUUAGAAUGCCCAUUCUGUUAUUAUUAUUAUAUAUAAAUAUUACAUUUUAAAAACAUCAAAACUAACUCAAUAGGCUUUAUGUGCUGCCCUCAAUGAAAUGAAUGGUAAACAUUUAUCUCAUAUGUUAUAUUAGUUGGCUAAAGGGCAACCACAGACAUUUAUGGUCUCCCAGAAUAAAGCAGGGCAUGUAUGUGUCCACUGGGAUUGCAACCAUGGACCAACCAAAUUUUUUUUUGUCCUGUUCGAUAAUGUCUGCCAAAAAACAACACAUUUUUUAUUGUGCAUACCCCUAAAGAGUAUAACAUAUUUACUGUCAAAAUAGCAUCAGUGAAACAUUUGAAAACAUGAAAGUAUUUACGUGUCAACAUAGUUAUCCUAUCAAAAUACCUAUUGAACUAAGCACACAAUCACUUUAGGACAGCAGGGAUCCAGAAUAUGCACCAUAAAUCAAAAUACAAUUUUUUGUAGCCACAAAGUCUCCUGCAGCAUUAAAGGAGCUUAAAAACAUCUUUUGUCACAUUAAUAAUGCAAGCAUUUAUACAUGCUCUGUUUAAAGAAAUGCAUUCCAUUUUCUUGAUAACAUUUAAAUUAAAUUCUUCUGUUUUAUUAUUUGAAAAUAUAAUUAAGUUAUUUUACCCUGCAAUCUAAUGCUUAAUAUGGAAAUAGUGCAAUGAUUCAGAAGUUAGCACUGGUUCUGUGCUAAAUUGGAGUGUACUGGGUACUAUGAUUACCUCCCACACUCCAAAGACAUACAGGCAGGUUAAUAUGCUUCUGAUAUAAUCUACUAAGUGUGAGAUUGUGCCAAGGACUAGAUUGUAAGCGAUUAACAAUCUUUAAAAAGAUCUGUGUAAAUGCAGCAGUGUUAUUUAAAGGGUGAUACAAAUAGAAGAAGCUGCAUUAAAAUUCUAUAAACCUUAUAAUAAUGUAGUGAAUCCUAUUAUACCAAACCGCAAGAGUGAACUAUAUGACUUUAAGUAAUAUAUUGCAAAAUCUACCUAGAUUAGUGGGACUGUAGUUACAAUGUUUAUGAUGUAACCUUUUAUGUAUGUUAAAUAUUCUCCAAACAGAAACUUGUGUAAAUUUCAAGACAUCCAGAGUUGUCUAUAAGUGUUUCAGCUGCAUAUAUGUUGGUUUGUGAUGCCUUAAUAAUUUUCUGUAGAAAAGCUUUCCAUAGGGCAUAAUUUAUAUUCCUGGAGAGUGAAUUUGCAUGUUUUAGUACAUUGUUUUUGAGACUUGCCUUUGUCACCUCUAUCAGUAAUCAGUAAAGGUCGACAUAUAUUGGUCAAUCCUCUACAGUGUUCAACCAAUUUGCCUAUUGUGAGACAGACAGAUUGCGAAAAUGUGGCUAUACACAUGCAUGGCUACAUUUUAUUGUUCUGCUCAUUUGAGCAGAAUUGGAAGUGAAGAAGAGCUGUGGAUUCUCGCUUCCUCUACAGACAUAUUCAGCAUACUAGAGGGCUUGAUAGCCUAGGACCCACUGCAUUUUUCACAUUAUAUAUUAUCAAACCUGUCCAUGGGAUUCAACAGCAAUGCUGGUUUUGACUUUGAGGAUGCUGGGUGUCAUACUCUACAGCAGCUGGAGUAGCAAAGGUUGCUUUGUCUAGUCUUGGGGUUUGCUUUCUAUAUAGAUUCUGUGGAAACCUUACAUCGAAGGAAAGAAGGACCUCAAUAAAAAUAUAUUUAGGUACUAGGCUUUCAAUUUAAGUUUAGCCUUAUGCAAUGCCAUUUUCAAUUCUAGUAGACAACUAAAGAUUAUGUGGCAUGAUUAUAUAGUCUAUAACAUAUAUCUAGGCUUGAUUGUAAUAUAUGUAUGUCAUUGUACCUUGGCAAUGCAAUUUUUUUCAUGUCAUGGCCUGUGACACCAAGGGGCCGAUUCACUAAGCUCGAGUGAAGGAUUCG